GCGCGGCGCGACAUGGCGGAGCGGGCGAUGCGGGGCGGCGGGCGGUGAGGGGGCGGGGGGGGCUGCCCUGGGGGCCGCCGCCGCCGCCAUGACCUACACGGCGGAGCAGCUGGACGGCGUGAGGCGAAUAAAGAGGUGUCGGAACUACUAUGAGAUUCUGGGGGUGGAAAGGGACGCCGGCGAGGAGGAGCUGAAGAAAGCCUAUCGCAAACUGGCCCUGAAAUUUCACCCUGACAAGAACCGCGCUCCCGGGGCGACAGAGGCUUUUAAAGCAAUAAGCAAUGCUUUUGCAGUUCUGAGCAACCCUGAAAAACGACUACGAUACGAUGAAUUCGGAAGCGACCAAGAGCAUGUCAGCACUGGCCAGGCCAGGCACUAUAAUUACUACACAGAAUUUGAAGCAGACAUUACACCAGAAGAAAUAUUCAAUGUGUUUUUUGGUGGGCACUUUCCUACAGGAAAUAUCCAUAUGUUCUCAAAUGUAGCCAGAGAUGCACACUAUUAUCCACGGAGGCACCGACAUGAAAGACCAUGGACGCAGGAGCAGGAGGAGGAAGAAAACAGGCCACAGAAUUCAUAUUCUGCAUUUAUUCAGUUGAUGCCCAUUUUCAUAAUAAUAAUAGUGUCGGUAGUAACUCAACUGAUGGCCACAAACCCACCCUACAGCCUAUUCUACAAAUCGUCCAUAGGCCAUGUUAUUAGUAGAGAAACGGAGAAUUUGCAGGUGCCUUACUAUGUUGAUAAAAACUUUGAAAAGAAUUAUCAAGGAGCGGAACUUCAAGAGCUAGAGAAAACGGUUGAAAAAGAUUACAUAGACUAUAUUCAGACCAGCUGCUGGAAGGAGAAGCAGCAAAAGUCUGAUUUGUCAAAUUUGGCCAAGCUAUACAGAGACGAGCGGUUAAAACAGAAGGCGGAAUCGCUGAAACUUGAGCACUGUGAGAAGCUCUCCAGUCUGAUUGGAAUGCACAAAGGGCGCUGACCAGGACACACGCGUUCUGUAGUUUUAUUUAUUGCUGGUUUAGCUUAUGUUUUUAUUUUCCUUUGUAUAAAAAAGGGAAGGAGUCUAUUGUGAAGAGCCUGAACAUUGGAUUCCUUCUGCAUAUAGUGCAGAGAUGGGCCAACACAAGCCGUAGAGCCAGUGUUGCUGUAAUAUAUUCUGUACACUAUAUUUGGUUCCAAGGACCAGUGGCACUUUGUAAAUUAAUUCCCUGGGAAACGCUGUUAGUUUGGAACCUGUCUUCGUCGGUAGUUUGUCUGCCAUCCAAACAGUAUGUACUUCCCAGGAGAGCAGACGAAUGUCUUAGCUUUCUGUAUUUUAUAUGGACCUGCGAUGCACUCGAUCAUGCGAGCGGCGUAGUUCUCAGUAUUAAGUGCACUCGCCUUCUCAUGCAGAUUCCAAGCGGCUGUCCUCGCCUCUACAGUGGUUUGGAAGGAGAAUUUAGAUGGAAGGCGGUGCGUUUCCUGUUGGAGCGUACUGUGCGAUGCUUAAUUCAAAAGAGUCGAGCACCUGCCUCAGGGGAGCGCUCGAGCGGGCUCCCAGCUCUCCGUACAGUCAAAGGGACCUCACCCCACGCUUGUCUGGCUGCAGAGCCGUGCCCGCACUGUUCCUCGGGGAGACAACACGCUGAGAUGCCAUCGGCAACAUCAAAGGAGAAGAUGGGAGUCUGUGAGUGGCACCAAGUCUGCCAGACUGUAGAGAAAGGACAACUCUCUUUAUUUCCUCAUAUGUUUUCAGUGGCAUAUUUUUAAGCUGGCUGUUUAAUUCUGAUUUUUAUCUGCAAAGUCUUCUCCAGCUGUUACAGAGGUCCUGCUUUUUCUGGUACAGUUUUGAUGUAGCAUAUUUUUACUCUGUUGAGCAGUUAUGAAUGUUUCACUGUAGAGAUUACUAUUGCAAGGAAAAAGA